AUGACCGUCACUUACUCCAGUAAAGUCGCCAACGCCUCCUUCUUCAGUUUCCACCGGCUGCUGCUGCGCUGGAGGGGAAGCAUCUACAAGCUGCUGUACCGGGAAUUCACUAUGUUCGUCCUGCUUUACACCGUCCUGAGCGUCGUGUACAGACUCGUCCUCUUUGACGAUCAGAAGAGACUGUUUGAGAAAGUUUCCAUGUACUGUGACAAGUACGCAGAGCAGAUCCCUGUCACCUUCGUCCUGGGUUUUUAUGUGACUCUGGUGGUGAAUCGAUGGUGGAACCAGUUUGUGAAUCUGCCGUGGCCCGACAGACUGAUGUUCCACAUCUCCAGCUGUGUUCAGGGUAAAGAUGAAUAUGGCCGCCUCCUGCGCAGGACGUUGGUGCGAUACGUCAACUUGACGUCGCUCCUCAUCUUCCGUUCCGUCAGCACCGCCGUCUGCAAACGAUUCCCGACCAUGGACCACGUGGUGGAAGCAGGUUUUAUGACUCCGGAGGAGAGAAAGGUUUUUGACAACAUCCGCUCACCUCACCUGAAGUACUGGAUUCCUGUGGUCUGGUUCUCCAACCUGGCGUCUAAAGCUCGACAAGAAGGACGUAUCCAGGACAGCAUCGACCUGCAGAAUAUUCUCAAUGAGAUGAACCUGUUCAGAACUUGGUGUGCGACUCUUUUCGGCUACGACUGGGUCGGCAUCCCACUGGUCUACACACAGGUCGUCACUCUGGCUGUCUACACCUUUUUCGUCGCUUGUCUAAUCGGUCGACAGUUUCUGGACCCUGCCCAGUGUUACCAAGGUCAUGACCUCGACCUCUACGUCCCCGUCUUCACCCUGCUGCAGUUCUUCUUCUACUCCGGCUGGCUGAAGGUCGCAGAGCAGCUGAUCAACCCAUUUGGAGAAGAUGACGACGACUUUGAAGUCAACUGGAUCAUCGACCGGAAUCUUCAGGUGUCGCUGUUGGCUGUGGAUGAAAUGCACAUGAACUUGCCUCACAUGACCAAAGACAUGUACUGGAACGACUGUGACGCUCGACCACCGUACACGCUGGCUGCCGCCGACUACUGCAUCCCCUCCUUCCUCGGCUCCACCACAGACAUGGGACUCUCAGACAUUCUCCAGUUUGAUGAGGCCGACAUUAGCGACAGUUGUCCUCGGCAACCGGAGUGUGUACUGACCCGGCGCCAAGAGUCGGUUCUUGGGCGAGUCCGCCGGCUGCUGAGCGUCCAGGAGCCUCCUGAACUCCGACCUCCUCGACCCAUCUUCAAACGGCACAGCAGUGAUGCAACAGGAAGCUUCUUCCCGGACUUCAGGCUCAGUCCAGGUGCAGGUGGCCUGGCCCCAACCCCCUCCCUGGUCACCUCCCCUCCUCCCAUGGACACCUUGUCCACAUUGAGGGAGGUCAACAGUAGCCCUGCCUCCCCUGAGGUCUCCCCCUCUGCUGUGUUCCCCCGGCUUCUCAUCAGCCCGCCAGUGUUUGACGUCUGGAACAAGACAGAUUCUUCUGCCAACGCCGAGGAGGCGAACGUCCACAACGGUUUGGAUCCUUCCUCCACGGAAGAGGCGCCAGGCCUGGAAAAUCCAAGGGCCGACUCCCUGGUUUGUUGCUCCCCCACUCAAUUAGGGCCAAAGGAUUUCCAGUGGACAGCAACAAAUAUCCAGAAUCGGCAAUCAACUCGACCACGAAGGCGUCAGUUCUCCCUGCAGUUUUCCAGGCAGACGUCGAAGUCGUCGGUUCGCAGCCUGCCAAGCCCGAAGGGCCUGGGGAGGCGCAGGCGAUGUCUAGCUCGAUUCCAGUCCAGAAGAUCACCUGGUCCACCGAGCGACACUCUGCAGCUCCCGGACCGCGAGCAGGACCCCAGCUUCCAGGGAAUGACUGAGGAUGAUGAGUCAGACAGAACCAACAACAGCAAGGACCUCGAAAACAACAACUCCCGGUCACGCAGUUCAGGAGAGAAAAGAGAACCACUCACUUAG